AUGACACAGUCCAAAUAUGACAUUGUGGCUUUAAGAGCCCAGUUUCCUGCUUUGCAGCAGAAACAGGUCUUUUUGGACAAUGCUGGAGGCAGCCAGAUCCUAGGCGCUGCUGCCGACUCGAUACGGGAUUAUUUAAUCACUUCAAAUGUCCAAAUGGGCGGAUCGUAUGAUGCCAGUCAGAUAGCAGCCAAGAAGGUGAACAAAGGUUAUGAAGCAGGUUCACGAUACAUCAAUGCGCUGCCAGAUGAGAUUGUUUACGGCGCUUCAUCCACUCAACUUCUUCGCAACCUGGCCCUUGGUCUCACAUUCGCAGAAGGUGACGAGAUUAUCGUGUCAACCCUCGACCACGAAUCCAACAUCUCACCAUGGCUUGAUCUCGCAGAACGACAGGGACUGGGCAUCAAGUUCUGGAAUCCAGAGGGGCAAGGCAACAACCCAAAACUCACAGUCGAGACUCUCAAGCCGUUGCUAUCCAACCGGACAAAGCUCCUGGCCUUUACGCAUACUACAAAUCUUCUUGGAUCCAUUCAUGAUGUAAAAGCCAUCACAGCUGCUGCUCAUGAGUAUCCGGAUGUCCUUGUCUGUGUGGAUGGAGUUGCUUAUGCACCCCAUCGUUCAGUCGAUGUGAAAGAUCUCGGAGUCGACUUCUACUGCCUCUCAUGGUACAAGGUCUUUGGACCUCACAUUUCUAUGCUAUACGCAAGUCGAGAGGCUCAGAAGCAGCUUCGGCCUUUAUGUCAUUACUUUAAUCCUACGCAAACUCUGUCCGACAAGGCCUCAUUCGCUGCUGGGAGCUAUGAAUUCAUAGCAAGCAUCCCUACCGUUGUAGAUCACAUAUCUGAACAUGGCUGGGAGGGUAGUGUCAAGCAAGAGACACAGAUACAAACGAUGCUACUCGACUACCUGUCGAAGCGCCAGGACAUCACUAUAUACGGAGAACCUAGCAGUGAUGCAGAGAGCCGAGUCCCUAUCGUGAGCUUCACUGUCGAAGGGUGGAACUCUCGAAGCGUCGUGGCGGCCAUUGAAGCCAACUCGAACAUUGGUUUGAAGCACGGCCACUUCUACUCCCAUCGACUAAUCAAGGAAGUCCUGGAUUUGGAUGCCACGGAUGGUGUUGUGCGAGUGAGCAUGGCACAUUAUAAUACUCGCGAAGAGAUCGAGACCGUGAUCUCAACAUUGGAGGAUGUCAUAGUGAAGAGAUCUUAA